AUGGUCAAGCUCUUCGCCGCAUCCGCCGCCCUGCUCCUUGCCACCGCCACCGCCGCGUCCGUGCCCGACGGCAAGUGGCCCACCAGCGCCGGGUCCGUCCGACUCGCCGCGGCGCAGGUCGUCAAGGCCGGCGAGGUGUUCGACGGCAAGAUGCAGACGUACGAGCGCUCCGACGUGUCGUGCGAGGGCCAGACCGAGAGCGGCGCCGACACGGCCGUGUUCAAGCUCGAGCCGGGCGCCACGCUCAAGAACGUCAUCAUCGGCAAGAACCAAAUGGAGGGCGUCCACUGCGACAAGCACGACUGCACCAUCGAGAACGUCUGGUGGGACGACGUGUGCGAGGACGCGCUGAGCGUCAAGGGCGGCUCGGCCUCCAGCGUCACCACGGUCACGGGCGGCGGCGCGCGCUCGGCCGACGACAAGGUCAUCCAGCACAACGGCCUCGGCACCGUCAAGAUCGACGGCUUCUACGGCGAGGAUGUCGGCAAGCUCUACCGCUCGUGCGGCACGUGCGGCGGCAAGGCGCGCAAGGUGUCCAUGUCCAACGUGCUCGUCGUGAACCCGACCAACGCCGUCGUGACGGUCAACAAGAACUGGGGCGACCAGGCCACGCUCAGCAACAUCUGGGUCAAGUCGAGCGGCAGCAAGAAGGUCAAGAUCUGCCAGUGGUCGCAGGGCAACGCCAACGGCGAGCCGUCCAUGCUGGGCGACGGCCCGUCGCCGUCUCUGUGUCAGUACUCGGAGAGCGACGUCCACAUCAACGGCAACGAGAGCAAGGGCAACAGCAGCAGCAGCAACAAGAAGAACGACGGCAAGGGCAACAAGAAGCAGGGUGACAACGAUGAUGACAAGAAGCAGAGCAACAACAGCAAGGGCGACAAGAAGAACGAGGGCAAGAGUGACAAGCAAAACGAGGGCAAGGGCGACAAGAAGAAGAACGACGACGAUGACAACUAG